AUGGAAGGUCAAGGAACUUCCAAAUCAAAACGAACCAAUGCCAAGGAUGGACAAGAAAAACAAUCGCGUAGGCUAUGGACUCCUAAGGAGGAAGAGGCCCUACUAGCGUGCAUGUUGGAUGCAAUCUCGGAAAAAGAUGGGUGGAAAGCCCAUAAUGGUUUCAAGUCGGGCUUCUACGUUGAAGUUGAGAAAGGCUUGCAAAAGCUAUUGCCCGGGACCACUCUCAAAGCUCAACCAAACAUAGAGUCAAAGGUCAAAUAUUGGAAGGAAAAGUAUGGUCAUAUUGCUGACAUGAUACGGCUAAGUGGCUUUGCGUGGAAUCAUGAAACUAACUCCAUCGAGGUGGAUUCGGAGGACGUGUGGAAGGAAUAUGAGAAGUUCAAUCCCAAAGUGAAAGGCAUGAAUGGGAAAUCUUUCCCCAUGUUUGAGAGUUGGCAAAUUUUAUUUGGGAUUGAUAGGGCAACGGGUGAUUUUGCGGAGGAUGCGGCGGACUUAGACAAUUGUGACCCCGUUGAAAGCCCAAACCCCGAUGAAAUCCCAAACAUGGAUGAGUACUUGGAAGAGUGCUAUACACCUAGGUUUGCAAAUGGUGAGGCAAUAUGGACAAGUGAUACUUUCGUUGAGCUAUCGUAUGGUUCCACAACCACAAAUCCCACAAUUCCAAUAAACAUUGCCGACACUCCUACAAGCAAUCUCAAUACCAAUGCCAAUGCCAAUGCUCGUGCCAAGGCCAAUCCCAAUGCCAAUGCUCGUGCCAAAGCCAAUCCCAAUGCUCGUGCCAAUGCCAAUCCCAAUCCCAAUGCGCGUGUCAAUGCUAAUGUCGUGCCAAUGCCGCCAAAGAAGAAGGCCAAAAAAGAAGCGGCCAUACCUGAGGCAUUGGGGAAUUACCUAAGUCAAAGCGCUACGGUAAUGGAGAAGAUCGCGGAUGCCAUAGGCUAUGACAAGCAACUAUCUUCUAGAAGGGAGAGGGUGUUUGACGAGUUGCUCAAGCUUGACAUGGAUGAGGAUGAUAGGUAUAUUGUCAACGCCAUCAUCGUCCAGGCAGAAGAUAGGGUGGACACAUUCUAUGGCAUACCCGCUAAUCGCAAACAAAGAUGGGUGGAGUUGGUGGCUAUGUUGGCAUUUAUUGAUGGCUAUGAUGAUAUUUUUCUGAGCCAAACCUGGGUUUUGCCGAUCACUGGACUGUGUUAUGGUUGGUCUUCUCCUUGGUUUCUUGCUAUGUUUGCAGAUGGUAGAUGUGGCAAUGAUGAUCAAUUUAAUGGCUAUGAUGAUAUUACAAAUUCUAAGACGAAACACUCAUCUUGGCAGGACAACUUAUGA